GCUGAAGAUGAGGUAGAAGACAGAGAGAAAGAGAAGGUAGGCAAUGAUAUAAGGUCUUCUAACUCUAUUUGUUCAAUUUUUGUUGGUUUUACUAGUACAUUUUUAUUGACCUUUUCUUUUUCAACUUCUAUUCUUAUUUCUGUAAAGUAG